AGUUUGGCUAUUUUGAGUUCAAGCCGGCUAAUCAUCUGUUUUCUGGGUUAGAGCCUCCUUGAAUCAAAGAGACGGCCAAUAUGAAAUAUUUCCCUCUUAUUUAUUGUAUCUUUUGUCUAUGGUCAUCGACUUUCGGACAGAGUGAUAUAGAAUUGGGAUUUUUCCAAUAUUCGCCUAUUGAAUUGGAGGAAGGGCAAAAAUGCAAAGCAGAGUUUAGCCUUAAAGGUAUCUGGCCUUCGAAAUACGAAAAUGAUGUUUUCGUUUGUAAAAUUAUGAAAAGUUCGAAAUUGGCGCCUAUUUUGGUUACUCCUUUAUCAUUUGAAAUCCAUAAAAGUUCUCCCAAACAGAUAAUAGUCAUAACAGUUAAGGAAGACAACGAUUGCAGGGAUGACAGACCUUACGUUGGUGUUGAAGUUCGCUGUACGAAGAAUUCUGAAGAAUUAACUAUUUCUAAAUAUAAUGGUGUCUAUUUUAGUGUUAUAGACAACACAGUUGGUGAAAUAUGUAAUAAACAUCGUAUUCAGCAGUUUGUCAAAGGCUAUAACGAAAAUGGCGAAGAAGUUCAUGAAAAGAUAUGCUAUGAUAUUUACGGUGAACACGGCGAUGUCUUUGAGUUUGUAACCGACUCUUUAUUAGGUGUUUCAGCCUACUUUGAAAUACGCGAAGAAUAUCAUGUUGGCCGAAUAUUUAUCAUUACUCGUCAAGGUUCAAUUGAAAUAAACAGAGACUUUAUUACUGGACCAGAAAAUUUCCAUCAGACUUGGGGUCAAGUUAAAAGAAUUGAAGUUGGAACCGACUUUAAACUUGUAAUUGAUCUAAAUAAGAAACUUUUGAUUAAGGUAGAAGAUGAGGGUAGAGUUCUGGCACUCGUAAUUAUUAAAGAAGAGAAAUCGUUUGAGAAAAGUCACCUUAAUAUUGCUGUAGAAGAAACCACACCAAAUCAAAAGAUCCUCGACGAAUUUCAAGGUGGCCUCUUGGGUUCGGCAGCAAAUAACGUUUAUCAUUUCAAUAAAUCGGUUCAAAGAGGAAGAGAAUCGGUAACGAAAGUAAAAAUCAAUCAAAGGCCAGUCGCGUCUAAACUACAGCUAAUCAAUGAUAACGAAGAAUGCCACUUGAUAAAUAUAGAAGAUAUUAUCUUUCCUAUGCCUGUAUCUCUCUUCCUACGGUCCGAUUAA